AUGGCCGACUUACUGGAGCUGCUCGCUCCACAUCUAGAUCCUAACUUCUCGCAUGACGCAACAGACAAAUAUCUCAACAGAUUGUCAACUUUGUCUCUGGAUGCCCUCCAGAAUACAGAACCCCCGUCCCUCGCUCAAUCCUCCCACUCGACCCUCCUCUCUCUACAAGCUCUAUCAAACCGGUCACAUCGCGCCUUUGUUACAUCCUCGGAUAAUCUGUCGACACUAUGUCAGUCGGCACCUCAGUUAACUCGCGAGGCGCAGCAAUUGCGCGAGGCCAUCCCGAGACUCGACGAGGAGGCAGUCAACUUUUCCACCAAAUACAGUAAAAUCACGGACAAUGCUGCGUUAGAACGACGGAAGAAGGCCAUGCAAUUAUCUCGCAAUGUCGACCGACUGUCCGAUAUACUGGAACUCCCAACCUUGCUCUCGACCGCCGUCUCUGCCGCCUCUGUGAACUCCGGCACCGGAGCCUCCUCAACAACAUACUCCUCCGCACUCGACCUACAUGCACAUAUCAAGCGAUUACAGACCCUAUACCCCGAAUCAGCUCUGAUCCAAGAUGUAGCAUCGCAGGCAGAGGUCGCCAUGAAAGACAUGACAAGUAACCUGAUCACGGGACUUCGCGCUCAGAAUCUACGGCUUGCAGCUGGUAUGCGAACCGUGGGCUGGCUGCGCCGAGUAGCCCCGGACCUCGAAGCAGCGGGGACUGGCGAAGGUGCCUUGGGCGCUAUCUUCUUAGUCUGUCGACUGGCGCAUCUCGUCUCCACCCUCGAGGCCCUGGACCCCCUCCGCGAGCUCGCCGACCAAGAAACCCAAAAGAGACUCGGCAGGGACAAGUCAGACCCCAACUCUUCGUCUGGCCAGCAGACCGAUCGCUAUCUGAAAAGGUACAUUGAGAUCUUCCGUGAGCAGAGCUUUGCGAUUGUUUCGCUAUACAAGAACAUCUUUGGUUCCGAGCAGUCUGAAUCCGAGCUUGCUAUCUCAGGAUUGCGAGGCGCCGAGUCUAAAAAGGAAAAGUCUACGCUCUCGGAGGAUUUAAUGCAACGUGUACCUCCAGCUUUGGCGACCUUCCCGAUGUAUCUUGUGCAAUUACUCACAGAUACCAUGCGAGCAUACCUGCCCAAUGUUCGAGAUCGGACUUCGAAAGAAAGCCUUCUCACUCAACUUUUGUACUGCGCAGCCAGUCUGGGCCGUCUUGGCGGUGAUUUCGGUAUGGUCUUGACCGAAUUGAGCGAGGAAGACGACGAGGACAUGGCCCAGGAAUGGGAGGACGUGAUGCGCAAGCAUCGCGCGUUGGCAGGUCGAUUGGAGCAGUUGACCAGCCGAGUACCGGCACAUUAA